CAGUGCAGUGUAGCACACAAGCAGUAGAUAGCGCGUAGGGACCGAAGUUCAAGAAUCUAAGCCAUGGAUUCCAAUCAUUCCAUAUCCCCGAGACACCAAGACAAUCACAAACCAUGGCAGGGACUGCAAUCUCCCAAAGCCGUCGCUAGAUCCGAACCCGGAAGCCCGUACCCGACAACGUUCGUCCAAGCGGACACGUCCUCCUUCAAGCAAGUAGUCCAAAUGCUGACAGGCUCCUCGGAGACAGCGAAACAAGCUUCCUCGAAACCCGCGGCCAACCCGACCCACAGCAUCCCGCCCAUGAAAUCCGUUCCGAACAAGAAGCAGCAGCAGUUCAAGCUGUACGAGCGGAGGACGAACUCCCUCAAGAACAACCUCAACAUCAACCCCCUCACCUCGUUUUUCUCGCCUCGCAAACCCGACAUGCUCUCCCCCAGCAUCCUCGACUUCCCCGCACUCGUCCUGAGCCCCGUCACACCCCUCAUACCCGACCCGUUCGACCGAUCCAACGCGCCCCCUUCCCUGGACUCCGAGGCCGAAGAUAAAGCCAUUAAGGAGAAGGGUUUCUUCUUGCACCCUUCUCCCGCUUCUACUCCCAGAGACGCCGAACCUCGCCUGCUCCCUCUCUUCCCCACCACCUCUCCCAGAGCCUCAGGUCCUUCUCCUUCUUCUUCUACCGCUGCUUCUUGAAUCGCUUCUCUUUCUUCUAUUUAUUAUUGCCCCUUUUCGGAUUUUCUGUAAGAUUCUUAUAUAAUUUCUGUUUUAUUAUUGCCAUUCAUGCCGGUUAGAGAGAUCCGUUCAGAAUUUGUAAUGCUUAAUGAGAGAAGGGAAUAAUCCUGCUUUAAUUGUAUGUAUAAAUUAUGCCGUUUUCCCCCAAUCUCCACUGUUUCUCCUUCGUUUGAUUUAUUUCUUCCAAUUCAAAAUGACAUUUUGGUUGACUUUUAACGCGGUUAUACUUUUAUCCGUGGUAGUAAUGAGCUACGGUUCUGGGAUGUAAUU